GAUGCAACGUGGAUGAAGCCGAAGGUCGAGCCGGAGGAGCCUGCGGAAGAGAGGACCGUGCCUGACCAGGAGGCACCUACCGAGCAGCCCGCCGAAGAGCCCACGGAAGAGACAUCCGGACAUGCGAAUGGCGUGCAGGAAGAGCAGACAUGGGAAGAGGGUGCUUGGCACACAAAUGGCGCGCAGCCGGAGCAGACGUGGGAAGAGGGCACAUGGCAUGCGAACGGCGAUCCAUCUGAUGAGCCGGAGGUGCGGACAGAGCAGACAUGGCAAGAGGGCACAUGGUCUGAGAAUAAA